CGAGGGCCGGCCGGUUUGGCGGCGGCUGCGGAGGGUAUCUGAGGCUCGGCUGCUAAGCCGAACGGGCUCUGGCUCCUCCCAGUGGCCGGCCGGGGCGGAAGCAGGAGGCGGGGGCAGCGUGCGCGCUGCUGGUCUUCUCUCCCGCGGCGCUGGGGCCCGCGCUCCGCUGCUGUUGCUCCAUUCGGCGCUUUUCUGGCGGCUGGCUCCUCUCCGCUGCCGGCUGCUCCUCGACCAGGCCUCCUUCUCAGCCUCGGCCCGCGGCGCCGACCCUUCCGGCAUCCUCCCGCCCCGUCUCGUACUGUCGCCGUCACCGCCGCGGCCCCGGCCCUGGCCCCGAUGGCUCUGUGCAACGGAGACUCCAAGCUGGAGAAUGCUGGAGGAGACCUUAAGGAUGGCUGCCACCACUAUGAAGGAGCUGUUGUCAUUCUGGAUGCUGGUGCUCAGUACGGGAAAGUCAUAGACCGAAGAGUGAGGGAACUGUUUGUGCAGUCUGAAAUUUUCCCCUUGGAAACACCAGCAUUUGCUAUAAAAGAACAAGGAUUCCGUGCUAUUAUCAUCUCUGGAGGACCUAAUUCUGUGUAUGCUGAAGAUGCUCCCUGGUUUGAUCCAGCAAUAUUCACUAUUGGCAAGCCUGUUCUUGGAAUUUGCUAUGGCAUGCAGAUGAUGAAUAAGGUAUUUGGAGGUACUGUGCACAAAAAAAGUGUUAGAGAAGAUGGAGUUUUCAACAUUAGUGUGGAUAAUACAUGUUCAUUAUUCAGGGGCCUUCAGAAGGAAGAAGUUGUUUUGCUUACACAUGGAGAUAGUGUCGACAAAGUAGCUGAUGGAUUCAAGGUUGUGGCACGUUCUGGAAACAUAGUAGCAGGCAUAGCAAAUGAAUCUAAAAAAUUAUAUGGAGCACAGUUCCACCCUGAAGUUGGCCUUACAGAAAAUGGAAAAGUAAUACUGAAGAAUUUCCUUUAUGAUAUAGCUGGGUGCAGUGGAACCUUCACCGUGCAGAACAGAGAACUUGAGUGCAUUCGAGAGAUCAAAGAGAGAGUAGGCACGUCAAAAGUUUUGGUUUUACUCAGUGGUGGUGUAGACUCAACAGUUUGUACAGCUUUGCUAAAUCGUGCUUUGAACCAAGAUCAAGUCAUUGCUGUACACAUUGAUAAUGGCUUUAUGAGAAAACGAGAAAGCCAGUCUGUUGAAGAGGCCCUCAAAAAGCUUGGAAUUCAGGUCAAAGUGAUAAAUGCUGCUCAUUCUUUCUACAAUGGAACAACAACCCUACCAAUAUCAGAUGAAGAUAGAACCCCACGGAAAAGAAUUAGCAAAACGUUAAAUAUGACCACAAGUCCUGAAGAGAAAAGAAAAAUCAUUGGGGAUACUUUUGUUAAGAUUGCCAAUGAAGUAAUUGGAGAAAUGAACUUGAAACCAGAGGAGGUUUUCCUUGCCCAAGGUACUUUACGGCCUGAUCUAAUUGAAAGUGCAUCCCUUGUUGCAAGUGGCAAAGCUGAACUCAUCAAAACCCAUCACAAUGACACAGAGCUCAUCAGAAAGUUGAGAGAGGAGGGAAAAGUAAUAGAACCUCUGAAAGAUUUUCAUAAGGAUGAAGUGAGAAUUUUGGGCAGAGAACUUGGACUUCCAGAAGAGUUAGUUUCCAGGCAUCCAUUUCCAGGUCCUGGCCUGGCAAUCAGAGUAAUAUGUGCUGAAGAACCUUAUAUUUGUAAGGACUUUCCUGAAACCAACAAUAUUUUGAAAAUAGUAGCUGAUUUUUCUGCAAGUGUUAAAAAGCCACAUACCCUAUUACAGAGAGUCAAAGCCUGCACAACAGAAGAGGAUCAAGAGAAGCUGAUGCAAAUUACCAGUCUGCAUUCACUGAAUGCCUUCUUGCUGCCAAUUAAAACUGUAGGUGUGCAGGGUGACUGUCGUUCCUACAGUUACGUGUGUGGAAUCUCCAGUAAAGAUGAACCUGACUGGGAAUCACUUAUUUUUCUGGCUAGGCUUAUACCUCGCAUGUGUCACAACGUUAACAGAGUUGUUUAUAUAUUUGGCCCACCAGUUAAAGAACCUCCUACAGAUGUUACUCCCACUUUCUUGACAACAGGGGUGCUCAGUACUUUACGCCAAGCUGAUUUUGAGGCCCAUAACAUUCUCAGGGAGUCUGGGUAUGCUGGGAAAAUCAGCCAGAUGCCAGUGAUUUUGACACCAUUACAUUUUGAUCGGGACCCACUUCAAAAGCAGCCUUCAUGCCAGAGAUCUGUGGUUAUUCGAACCUUUAUUACUAGUGACUUCAUGACUGGUAUACCUGCAACACCUGGCAAUGAGAUCCCUGUAGAGGUGGUAUUAAAGAUGGUCACUGAGAUUAAGAAGAUUCCUGGUAUUUCUCGAAUUAUGUAUGACUUAACAUCAAAGCCCCCAGGAACUACUGAGUGGGAGUAAUAAACUUCUUGUUCUAUUAAUGUACCGUGUGCAGUUUAAA